ACGUUAAUAUCUUUAUUUAUUUUUGUAGGUAUUAUUAAAGUUAAGUAAAGUCCCAAAUAUCAAUUAUAUGCAAAACAGAAUAAAAUGUGGUGAAAUACCCUUUGAUUGUUUUAUAAAAAAGUCCCAGAAGGCUCAAAGUCUAUGUUAUGGAUAAAUUACAUUAAACUAUCAACUUUGUUCUCGUAACUAAAAAAAUUAUAUAUGAGAACGUAUACAAUACAUGAACGAUGCGAAACUGAACUGCAUCGCUAGUUUAAUUGUAGUUUAAACUGGUUUGGUUGUUAAAAAGCUCUUAAAAACUAGUAACCGGUAGGGAACCACCUUACUCUUUUUCAAAAGACAAUCCAACUACACAAUGAUGAUCGAUUUACUUUGAAAAUAAUAAUAAACUACAUACGAUGUUUGGGGAAUGGAUCUUGAUGUACGAAUGUACGCUAAGCCAAUAGCAACCUCGCACAGACGACAGCAAGAAAAUGAAGAUAUAGUGCGCGAGGCAGAUGAUUAUUUAGACACUAUAUGUGUCACGUGUAUACAGCAUUUGGUAGAGAUCUUCCAUUGGCAGCUGCACGUGUAAUACCCAGUUUUUUUUCGGUCGUUUUUUAAGCCAAUUUUAAGCAAUGUUGUUCCGAAUCGUGAUCUCUUUAGCGGUAUUGGGGCCAUGCAGUUGUGAUGUGUGGAAGGAAGUCCGUAUUUCUCAGGGAGUGCUCCGCGGUCGUAAGGAAUCUAACGGGCCUUACACCUUCUACAACAUCCCAUACGCUACAGCACCAACUGGACCGGACAGAUAUAAGGCCCCGCUUCCAGCACCCAUAUGGUCGCGACCUCGAUAUUCUAUUGAUGAACAAGUAAUAUGUUUCCAAGGGAAAAAUCCGUUCGUAACAGAGGGCACAAUGAAAGAGGACUGUCUUAUCGCAAACGUCUUUGUUCCCGACACUGAGCAAAAAAAACUUCCCGUCAUGGUAUACGUUCAUGGAGGAGCAUUUGAAUUGGGCUUGGGAAAUAUGAUGACCUUUAAUCAUUUAAUAAGACAGAAAAACGUUAUAGUGGUCACGUUUAAUUAUCGUCUCAGUGUUCAAGGAUUUUUGUGUCUUGGUACAGAGGACGUUCCGGGCAACGCCGGGAUGAAAGACCAAGUAGCACUACUUAAAUGGGUGCAGGGAAAUAUCGCCAGUUUUGGCGGUGAUCCCGACAACGUCACCAUUUUAGGAAGCAGUUCUGACUCGAUAUCUGUUAGUUUACUGAUGCUGUCAAAAUCCACAGAAGGUCUUUUCACAAAAGUAGUCCCGGAAAGUGGAGUUAGUGUGUCAUCUAUUGCAAUUCAGAUCGACCCUAUUGAAAAUGCCAAAAAUUACGCCAGAAUGUUGAACUUCCACAAUGUCGAUGAUUUUUAUGCUUUAGAAGCGUUUUAUAAGAAUAAUCCAUUAGAGUCACUUGUGAUCGGUACAUUCUUGGGCAUUAAAAAUAUAUCGUUGAUAUUUUAUCCAUGUGUAGAACGCUCGACUGACAAAGAGGCUUUCCUUACCGACGCCCCAAUCAAUAUAAUAAGAAACGGUAACUACAAGAAGGUCCCAGUUUUGGUCGGCAUAACUAAUAUGGAGGGUUUUGUGCAAAUGGUAAACUUUGAAAGAUGGAAAAUUGAAAUGAAUGACAAAUUUUCGGACUUCCUACCAGCUGAUUUACAAUUUGGAAGUGAAAAAGAAAAGGCAGAAAUAGCUCAAGAAGUAAAAGAAUUCUACUUUAAGGGCAAGCCUGUGGGAGAUGAAACAGUACUCGAUUACAUUGAAUAUUUUGGCGAUGUUUAUUUUUCGUAUCCAACGCUCAGAACGGUUAGGCUUCAAGUAGAAAAUGGACAUGAUCAGAUAUAUUUGUAUGAGUAUUCCUUUGUUGAUGAACAAACACCUGUAGUGCCUCAUACGAAUGUGCGAUUAGCCGCCCAUUGCGCCCAGUCGAUGGCGAUUUUUGACGAAGAAACUUUUGUGCCUGAUGAAAGUAACUUAACGCCAGAAUAUAAAAUAAUGAAAGCGACAAUGAGAGACAUAUGGUACAACUUUGCAGUUCAUGGAAAACCUCUGAUGGGAGGUUUAUCUGUGAUGGCAUGGCCGGCGACAGACGCCAGUGGCUCUCCUUGCAUGUCUUUGGGAAGAGAGAUAGUACUGCGACAUUCAUUCCUUAAAGGGAGUGCUUCCCUGUGGGAUGCAUUGUAUCAGAAAUACUAUCGAGUGCCAAGGGCUCCACCACAACCUCCAACAGAAAAACUGUAUUGACUUAUCAAUUUUGUAUUUUUGUAAAGUAUAUCAUACAUUAAAUCGACUAACCGAUUUUAGAUUAUCGGGCAAUAAUUACAA